UGUAAUAUGUACUAUUAAAUUUAUAUUAAAUUUUAAUGGAAACAAGUUAUGUCUACAUAUUUAUUUUAAGAUUUCUUUGGACAUGGAUGUUCAUAUUUUAUGUGAAUGACAAAAGUUGCAACCAAUAAUAUUUUUACCACUGAAAAAGCAUUUUUUACUUCAGCUGUUGCUAGUAUGUCUUGCAAUACAAUAAUGACUUCAAGAUUAGAUAGACUUUUUAUUUUAUUGGAAACUGGAGCUAAUGCAGCAACUAAGCGUGCUGCAGCUCAACAAUUAGGAGAAGUGCAAAGCUUACAUCCACAUGAACUACACCAUCUCUUAGCUCGAGUCUCAAUAUUACUUAAAUCUCCUCAAUGGGAUACAAGAAUAGCAGCAGCACAUGCAAUUCAAGCAAUUGUAUCGAAAGUUCCGAUAUGGAAUCCAGAACCAGUAGAUAAAAUGCUAACUCAAGAUAUAGACGGACAAUUGAAAGUAACAGAAAAUGACGUAUCAGUGGACAAGGCAGAUAAUGAAUUAAUAGAAGAAAGUAAAGUAGAAGGGAGAUAUUUAUAUCCAAACAAAAUUUUAACAACGAAAUUAAAUUUUCUUAAUUUUGAUGUUUCUCAAGUUUUACUAUGUAGCUCUUAUUUAACUGCAUCACAAGGCAAUGAAUAUGACCUUUCCACUGAAAAUGAAAAUAUUUCCACAGAUAAUAACACAGAUGCAGUAAUAUCAUCUCCUAAUUUACUCCAAGUAAAUUCUGAUAAUCUGUUAGUUGAAGAAGUAAUGAAACAAAGUUCUAGAUUAAGUAGAAGAGAAAUGAAUCGAGCUCGAAGAAAAGCUAGAUCAAAACAGCAAUGCCCAAGAGAACCUGAUUAUGAUAUAGAUAAAGAAGUAUUUAAUCAAGGAGUUGACAUGUCAAAAACAUUUAAAAAAAAAAUUAGGUUAGAUAACCACAAUACGAAACAAUCCUGGUAUGAUUUUACUAGUGACAUGGUAACUGAUCCAAGAUGUGCUGUUCCCGAUGCAACUGGUUGUUGGCCAGAUUCGGCAGUUCACUGGCCUCUCGAAGCGUUUGCUGAAAACUUACUUUAUGACAUAUUCAGUUUCAAAUGGGAAGUUAGACAUGGAGCAGCAACUGCAUUUAGAGAAUUGAUAAAACUUCAUGGUCAAGGAGCAGGCAAAUCAAAAAAACAAACUCGUGAUGAAAUGAAUCAAGCACAUGAAGGCUGGUUGAUUGAUUCUGCUCUUCGACUAGUAUAUGUUUUAGCCAUUGAUCGCUUUAGUGACUUUAUUUCUGAUCAAGUUGUUGCUCCAGUUCGUGAAACUUGUGCUCAAGCAUUUGGAUCUCUUAUAAAGCUUAUAUCUAAUAAUAAUAUAACUGAUUUAGUGGACAAUCAAAUCUCAGAUAAUACAAAAACAGGAACUAUUAAAGGAUCAGAUAAUACAAUUAUUACGGGAUUUUUAUCUGUUUUACUAAAACUUUUAGAACAUGAUGAAUGGGAGGCACGGCAUGGAGCUCUUCUUGCUCUUAAAUACCUUUUCAUUGUUCGGAGGGACUUACUUAAAAAUACAUUACCUGUAGCCUUUCCACUCAUUUUACAGUGUUUAUCAGACUCAGUAGAGGAUGUAGGUGCUACAGCAGCCAGUGCUCUCAGUCCUGUGGCACAAGAUUUACCAUGGUUAUUAAGUUCUGCACAAUUGCAGUCAAUUAAUUGUAUACUUUGGGAACUGCUCGAACAACAGGAUGAUUUAACAGCUGCUUGCAAUAGCUUCAUGGGAUUAUUGGCUGCUAUACUUUCAUUGCCAACUGCAAGAGAAUUUUUGGCUCCACAGCCAUUGUCAUUGAUUCUUAUUCAUACUUUUUAA